AUGUCGAUCUGGACGGCUGCUCAAAACGGGAGGCUGACGGAAGGGGUGCUUCAGGAUUUCCUGGAGAGGGACCCUGAUCUUCUGAACCGUGAAGACGGAUCGGGAAUCACUCCACUUGGGUAUGCCCUGCUGAAUGGAAAGGCGCGUGCGGUAAAGUGCCUCCUGGACAACGGUGCCGAUCCAGACAAGCCUAUGGGAGAAACGACGACCUUCCGUGAUGGCAGAACGCCUAUGUAUCUCGCCACCAUAGCAAACCCGCCCAGUCCGCGCAUUGUCCAGCUUCUUCUUGAGAAGAAGCCGGCGACCUUCGACAAACCCAUCUCAGCAUCUAAGAACCAAACCCCGUUGAUAGCCGCCAUUGCUGGGAAAUCGAAUCCCGAAAUUGUCAAGUUACUCAUCAACGCGGGCGCGUCGCCGGAGGCACGAGACGAUGACGGCAAAACUGCUCGCGAUCUUGCAGAUGCGCUUUCGGACUUCGCGUCCAAACAGAAAAUCAAAGAUGCACUUGAGCCAACGCUACGAAAAGGAGGAGGCAGAGGCGGCCUUCGGAGCUAUAUGACCAACUGGGUGGCCCGAGUACUCGGGAAGUCCAGAUCCUGGAGGGCCCUUGGUUUCAUCUUCAAGUCUGCUUCCCGGUAUUUCCUCAACAUUGCCCCAUCGGCAAGCUUCCACCCUGAGGAGGAGCUUGAGACGGAAAAACUUGAAACUGCAGAAGACUUCAAAAAUAGUCUGGACAAUAUAGUCAAUGAUGACGGCCUCGGGAGAUUUUUCCCCCCUGGAAAUACAUAUGUCAAGGAAGUAGCAGAGAAAACCGCUUCUCUUAAGGAUGACCCAAAUAAUCUGCUAAACUCACCCAGUCAGCUCAAGGGUCUUGCUACCAUCGCCCUUUAUCAACCCAUCAUCUAUUGCGAUGACAGCGGCUCCAUGAGGGGAGAGCUCUGGGAAAAGCAAGCGGAACUCGUCAAGCGCAUCACUAGUAUUUCAACGCGUGCAGAUCCAAACAACAGAGGGCUUUAUUUUCGCUUGAUCAAUGAGGAUCUCAGUUUCGCUGACAAUCUUGAUGGCGAUGCGAUACUCCAGACGCUCGGAAAAAUUGUGCCACGUGGGAAUACACAACUUGGAACACAACUUCGCAAGAGAAUUCUUGAUCCGAUCAUUCGCAAACCUCUAUACGUUGGCACGCCGUUGGAACGGCCAUAUCUAAUAAUGAUUAUUACCGAUGGAUGCCCAACCCUUGAGCCGAGCGAUCAACUACGUAACGUGAUACUGGAAUGCAGUCAAUUUCUUGGGGAUAAAGGUUAUAGAAAAGAUGCGGUCCGAUUCUGUCUCAGUCAAAUCGGACAGAAUCAAGAGGCAAGAGAUUUUAUGGACAAACUAGUGAUGGAUAGUGAAGUUUUGAAGGUUCUUCAUCGAACAGUCGCUACUCUCGAUGCUGCUCUCUCCAGUGCAGGCCUUGAAUGCCGAAUAAGGCAUCCAACGGUUGGCUUCUUAUGA